UUUGCGAGUCGGUGCCCGGCUGGCGCUUUGCUCCGUUUGGCCUUUCUCGCCUUCUUUUCAGUUCCCCCUCCCUGUGCUCCUUGUCCCCCCAGCCUGCUGACGGGAGCUUGUCAUGAGCAUGUUUUGAGGGGAGCAGGAAAUCCACACCCAAUUUAGGGGCGAGGUGGAGGUAGAAGAUAAUGCGCAGGACCUCUGAGGCUGUAGCGGCGGAAGCGAAGAGGCAGGGCAGCUUCGGGAGCAGUGGAGGACAUCAGCGGGAGAUUUCAAAACAAGACUACGUAGGUUAUCGCUUGAAGACAAGGUUCAUGCGGAUGGAAAGAGAGACUGACUGAGGACCUUCAUAGGAAGAGAAGACCUGAAUGGGAAGUCAUUUGUGCGAAUGGCAUUAAUAAAGUGCUCUUUCCGAUGGCUUAAACAGUCUGUAACUGGUCCUUGGUCGCUUGUAAUUAUUCUCUUUUCUAUACAACAAGUUUAUGGGGGUGGAAAGAAGUAUUCUGGUCCUUGUGGAGGACGAGAUUGUUCAGUCUGCCAGUGUUUUCCUGAAAAAGGAUCUCGGGGCCAACCUGGACAUCUAGGACCACAAGGCCCCAUUGGAAAUUUAGGACCUCCUGGGCCCAUUGGAUUACCAGGAGAGAAAGGAAUGAAAGGUGAGAGUGGACUUCCUGGACCAGUGGGAGAAAAAGGAGAUAAGGGUCCAACAGGAGUACCCGGCUUCCCAGGUUUGGACGGCAUACCUGGCUAUCCUGGACCUCCAGGGUCAAGAGGUAAACCUGGCAUUGAUGGACGCAAUGGUUCAAGAGGAGAUCCAGGGUUUCAGGGAGAGAGAGGAGCACCAGGACCAGAAGGUCCAGCUGGUGUCCCAGGGCCAGAAGGAGAAAAAGGGAAUUCAGUGUAUAUUUCAGGUGCUAUUAAAGGUCUCCCGGGAGAUCAAGGUGAUCCAGGACCUCCAGGUUUGCCUGGACCUCGAGGGGCAAAUGGGUCAGUGGGUGAAAUGGGAUUUCCAGGGAUACCAGGUUCUAGAGGACCUCCAGGUCGCCCCGGGAGGCCAGGUGAUCAGGGUAAUCCAGGUGUUGGAGUAAAAGGCCAAGUUGGAGAUCCAGGUGAAGUUGGUCCUCAAGGAUCUCCAGGACCAACGUUAUUGGUUGGGCCUCCUGGUUCAUGUCUUGUUAAGGGAGAAAAGGGCAUGAAAGGAAUGCCUGGAGUCAUUGGUCCCUCUGGACCAUCUGGAGCCAAGGGUGAACCUGGUAUUGGGGUGAAGGGUGAAAAGGGUAUAUCUGGAUUCCCAGGACCUCGGGGUGGCCCUGGUUCCCAUGGACUUCCAGGUUUUCCAGGAGUAAAGGGAGAACCUGGAGCAUUUGGUGUCCGUGGGCAGUUUGGAGUUCUUGGCACUAAGGGAGAUCCUGGAGAGCGUGGGAAGCCAGGACCACCAGGUGUUUUGGUAACUCCACCCGUUCCAUGCAAAGGACCUCCAGGGGACCCAGGAUUCCCAGGACACUAUGGAGAAAAGGGGUCAGUGGGACUGCUUGGUCCAACAGGACCCUCUGGAAGACCAGGGGAAGACAGAAUAGGCAUGACAGGCCCCCCCGGGCCUCCAGGCUUGCCAGGUCUUCAAGGACUUCAGGGUGAGGUUGGAAUUCCUGGAAGUGAUUCUCCUGCAGGAAGACCAGGGGUUCCAGGACACCCAGGAACACCGGGAAUCCCAGGGCAUCAGGGUCGCCCUGGAUCAGAUGUCAUACGCUGUAGCACUGGCCCCCCUGGACCACAAGGAGUGAAAGGUCAAUCAGGACCCCCAGGAAGAAGAGGCACAAAAGGAGAAAAAGGAAAUGAAGGGCUGUGUUCAUGUUGCCCAGGUCCCAUGGGCCUUCCAGGUGAUCCAGGGCCACAUGGUCUUCAGGGUGGGAAAGGAGAAGUGGGUCUACCUGGGAAAGUAGGAGAAAAAGGUGACCCAGGCUUUCCUGGUGCUCAAGGACCCCCAGGACCUCCAGGAAUACCUGGUACCUCGGGGCUAACGGGUCCUAAAGGAGAAAAGGGUGAUAUGGUUAUAGCAAGAAUCAAAGGAAGAAAAGGAGAAAAGGGUCAUCAUGGGCUUCCUGGAUAUCCAGGGCAGGAAGGGAUUCCUGGUCAGAAUGGACUGCAUGGAGAAAAAGGCGAGCCAGGUCUUCCCGGCAGUCGUGGUGGAGCAAUUCCAGGUGCAGAAGGAUCUCCUGGAGUACCGGGACCUCCUGGGAGGAUGGGACCAAUGGGACCUCCAGGACUGGGAUUUCCUGGCCCAGAAGGGGUGAGAGGUGGGCCGGGGAGCCCUGGCCACCCUGGUGUGAGGGGAGCAGCAGGUUCCAAGGGCCAGAAAGGUGACACCUAUCCUUGUCCUUCCCCCUAUCCAGGGAGCCCCGGAGCUCCAGGUGGUCCGGGAGCUCCAGGUCCUAAAGGAUUUCCAGGUCUACCAGGUGAAACUGGGCUACCUGGAUUUGAUGGGCGGAAAGGCCAACAAGGCAAACCAGGAAUGUCAGAAAUACCAGGACCACCUGGUCUUCGAGGUGACCCUGGAGAAUUAGGUGCUGAAGGUGAAAAGGGGUCAACCCCUAUUGGUCUUCCAGGUCCUCCGGGGUUACCUGGAGUCAGUGGUCAAAAAGGAAUGCCAGGUGAUACUGUCUAUGGCCUGCCAGGGCUUCCAGGAAACAUGGGGCCUCCAGGAUUGCCCGGGCUUAAAGGGCUCAGAGGUGAUCCAGGAUUUCCGGGAGCUCCAGGGACAGCUGGUAUUCCAGGAUUACCUGGCAUCAAAGGACAUCAAGGCAGAGAAGGGAAUGUCGGGCCGCCUGGUAACCCAGGUUUACCAGGCCAUGGAUGUCCAGGCUUUCCAGGGUUACCAGGGCAACCUGGACUCCCUGGGUCACCAGGCAUUCCAGGGUUGGAUGGCUCGAAAGGUCCCCAAGGAGACAGAGGUCCACCUGGACCAGCUGGAAUGAAAGGCCUCCCAGGAACUCCAGGACUUCCAGGAUUUCCUGGACCCCCAGGACCACAAGGAGAUCCAGGUCACUGUGGAGAUAAUGGCUCUCCAGGCUCCCAAGGCCCAAAAGGGGCCCAAGGCCUGCCAGGUAUCCCAGGCUUUCCAGGAGAGCGAGGAAGGAAAGGACAAAUAGGACUUCCAGGUAGAAAGGGUGACCCAGGAGAAGAGGGUCACUGUGGCCUUCCAGGAGAACCAGGAGAGCCGGGAUCCAAAGGAGAAAAAGGCUAUCCAGGAGAUCAAGGGGAUUUUUCCAUAAUUCCAAGAAAGGGAGAAAAAGGUGAACCCGGGCCACCUGGUAGAUAUGGAUUCCCAGGAGAAAAAGGAGCUAAAGGGACUACCGGAAUCCCAGGGAUGAAAGGCUUUCCAGGAAGAGAUGGGCUACCUGGAUUUCAGAGAGGAGAUCCUGGCACCAAUGGUCAUCCGGGACUUCCAGGACUCCCAGGCCUCCCAGGACCUCAAGGGCCCAGAGGAAUGAUUGGUUUCCCAGGUAUUCCAGGGGACCAGGGUGAGCUGGGCUUACCAGGUUUGCCUGGACUUCUAGGACCCCAUGGGGCAAGAGGACCUAAAGGAAAUCAAGGUGAUUCAGCAAGUCUGUUUGGGCCACCUGGACCAAAAGGAGAUCCAGGCAUCCCUGGAUGUCCAGGAUAUUUUGGACAGCAAGGAGAUCCAGGCUUUCCAGGCUCUCCAGGGUCUAGUGGACCACCAGGAAAGAAAGGAGCCCCUGGAUACCCAGGACCUCCAGGAUUUCCAGGUCCUCCAGGGAUUCCUGGGCUGAAAGGGUAUCCAGGGGAAGUGGGUGACCCUGGACCUCCAGGGGUCAGGGGAGAUCCAGGACCACCAGGGCCCAAGGGAAUGAAAGGUUCCUCUGGACUACCAGGAUUGGAUGGCUUGCCUGGACUCAAGGGUCAGAAAGGAUCAAAGGGUAGUUCAGGCUUAAAUGAAGUUGGUCCACCAGGCCAAAUGGGACUGCCUGGACUAAAAGGGAAGAAGGGGGAACCAGGAAGACCUGGAGCUUCUUGUCCAGGUCUUUCUGGAGACAGGGGUCCCCCAGGUCCCCCAGGGAGACCCGGACUACCCGGACUACCUGGUCCUAUGGGAAAAACUCCUCAAGAUGAAAUCCUGCCCCCUGGUCCCCUGGGAGAUCAAGGUCCCCCUGGUCCCGAUGGACCAAGAGGCCCACCUGGACCACCAGGUCUUCCAUGCACUUUUGAUCUCUUGAAGGGAGAUCCAGGGGAUCAUGGUCAACCAGGCCCACCUGGACCACCAGGUGCACCAGGACCUCCAGGAGCCAAAGGCUUUCCAGGAUGUGAAGGAAAAGAUGGUCAGAAAGGGCCAAUGGGGUACCCUGGGCCUCCAGGUCCACCUGGAUUUCCUGGCCCACCUGGAGAUAAAGGUUUGCAAGGACUCCCUGGGAGACCCGGCCCCCCUGGUCCUCCAGGUGUACCUGGCCCACCUGCAGAUAUAUCUUCAUGCCCCAAAAUCCCAGGACUUCCAGGAGUGCCAGGCCCAAGAGGACCAGAAGGGAAGAUGGGGCCCCCAGGGCCACGAGGUCCCCCAGGCUCACCAGGACACAAAGGCGAGCGUGGUGUGGAUGGACAAAGAGGUUCAGAUGGUGGUCCUGGACCUCCAGGACCCCCUGGACGCAAAGGAGACCCAGGAAAAGAAGGUUGUGGAGGUGUGCCAGGUCCCCCGGGCCCUACUGGGGAUCCAGGACCCAAAGGUUCUGGAACUAGAUACCUUAAUGGAUUCCUACUGGUUCUCCACAGUCAGACAGACAAAGAACCCUCUUGUCCUGAGGGAAUGCCCAAGCUGUGGACUGGAUAUAGUCUGUUGUAUCUGGAAGGCCAGGAGAAAGCACAUAACCAAGACCUAGGUCUCGCUGGAUCCUGCCUUCCAAUGUUCAGCACUAUGCCAUUUGCCUAUUGCAACAUUAACCAAGUCUGCCAUUAUGCCAGAAGGAAUGACAAAUCCUAUUGGCUGUCAAGCGCCGCUCCUCUACCCAUGAUGCCCCUCUCUGAAGACGAGAUCCAAGCUUACAUCAGCCGGUGCGCUGUGUGUGAGGCCCCAGCUCAGGCUAUGGCCGUGCACAGCCAGGAUCAAGCAAUCCCUCCAUGUCCACCCACCUGGAGGAGCCUUUGGAUAGGGUAUUCAUUCCUAAUGCACACGGGGGCUGGGGAUCAAGGAGGAGGCCAGUCCCUCACCUCACCUGGAAGCUGCCUGGAAGAUUUCAGAGCGGCGCCAUUCAUCGAGUGCCAAGGACGGCAGGGGACUUGUCAUUUCUUUGCUAAUGAAUACAGCUUCUGGCUAACGACGGUGCCACCGGACUCGCCGCUCUCCUCAGCCCCUUUGCCAGACACCUUAAAACAAGGACGGGCACAACGCCAAAAGAUCAGCAGAUGCCAGGUCUGCAUGAAGUAUAGCUAAGGAGCGGCCCUGUGUCACCCUGCUGAUGACUCACGCAGAGACUUCCGAGGGGGAAGAAGGGAGUUGGGUUAAAAGAUUCUAAUGGUGCUUUAUUACAGGGAUUUCAUUUUUCAGAUGAUCCUUGACUUAAACGUGGUUAUCCUGACAGUACUGUACCCCCUUCUCAGUUCAGUACAGAUCGAGCAAAAGCUUGGAUCUGGCUGGACCUCUCCAUUUAGGUAGGGCCCAAAUAUCGUUUAUCAUCUUUUGAAGGACGGAAGAUCUGGCUUUAUCGACCAUGAAUGCUCAUUUAUAGUAAGGCAAAGAAAUCACAAAUGGCCUGAUUGUGCAUUCUUGUAAUCAGAAGCUUCUUUCGUGGGUUCAUAAAACCCACAGCAGUUGAAGCUAGUCAUUCUCUGAGCACAAAAGGCUGAAGGAUGACUUUUUAUAGGAAAAAGUAUAUACAUAGCCCAACAGAGCCAGAAAAUGAAAGUUCUUAAAAAAAUCAUACCAGGUUUUAUUCAAAUCAUCAUAGAAUUCUUCAAGCACUUUAAAAAGGUCAUGAAACCGUGAUCCAAAGACACAAAGGAAGCAGACCACUGGUGUUAGCAGUUCACUUCCAAGGAGAAAGACUUACAGUCACUGUAUCCCAGAAACACAUCACAUUUGCAUAAAAACAUCAGAGAAACAUAAGCCAUUACCUACUCGUUUGCAUUUUUCCCUGAGAACAGAAAUGCCUCCUCUGACAGUCCUUUUGAAAAGUAGCAAUUAUGAAAAAAAGUAUAUUCAAUAAGAGAUUAAGCCCCUAAAAGCUGGUAAUGAAUAUGAAGAUAGAGAUUCAUUAAAAUGGUGGACCUCACCCCCCCCUUCCCCCCAAUUCACCAAACUUCCAAACAGGUGAUUUCCCUGCAAGGAAUAUGGUCUGUCCUGAAGUGUGGGCAUGCCACUGGGGAUGCCACAUGCACAAGGGAUACAAAGUAACCACACUGUAUACGCAGCAUCUCCUCACCCUUCCCAGGAAAGAUGGGCUAGUUCCUUUACAUCCUUAUAAUAGACACUUUUCUCUCCAUGUACAUUAAUGGUACCUUAUGUGGAAAAGUGAUGGAGCCAUCAUUAUGAGAGAAAAUUAAGGGUUGGCUUAAUUAAUCUUGUUUUUGUUUUUGGUGAGGCAAUUGGGGUUAAGUGACUUGCCCAGGGUCACACAGCUAGUAAGUUUAAGUGUCUGAGGACAGAUUUGAACUCAAGUCCUCCUGAAUCCAGGGCCGGUGCUCUAUCCACUGUGCCACCUAGCUACCCCGGCUUAAUUAAUCUUAAGGAAGCAUAUUCACAUAGGCCAAGGUCAUACCACUGAAAAGACACAGAAAUAUUCAUAAAAGACAGCCACAUUCUGCUAUCCACUAUAGAUGUUUAUAUAUGUAUGUUAUGUUUGUGUGUUAAACUCUCCUUUUCCAAAAUUUCUAAUUCUCAAAUGUUAUCUUUGUACAGUAAGGCAAAGUGACACUUUGACAUUGGACAGAUUGACAUUUUCAUUAAAAAUUCAGAAGACAUUUAUGUCUUAAUUUUUAAGUGAAGCCAUCUGUAUGCCAAAUGAUCUAUUCUCCAUUUCUCUGAGAAUCCAGCAUCCCGAUACGAAAAUCUUAAAAUAGCGACGAAUUUCCAUGUCUAAAAAAAGGUCUGACACAACAACAAAGUGUAGGCUGGAGGCUUUUGAGGAACCCAAAAAAAAACUCAGUCUGAAAUCUAGAGAAAAACAAUCACUGACUCAUGAGACAAUGAUACUCCCAAUGACUGGAGUUUAAAUUAUCCCAAAGAAAAAAGUACCCACAAAGAAAGGAGAGAAGUCCACUCUAAAUAACUCAAGUGUGUAGAGGAUGAAAUUGUAUGAGAGCCAGGAAGAUCCCUAUAUUUAGGGCGAGGGAUGGAUGGAUGGACUUGAUACCCAACAUCAAAAAUGGAAGCAUGGACUAUGGUAUCCUCGAUGUCUUUUCUGGUUUACAAAAAGAGUUUAAAUUACAAAAUAAAAUGUUGCGAAAUGUAUGUUUCCAAGUGUUUGAAAAAAAACAAAGAGCAACUAACAAAAACAUUUUAUGUUUUAAUGACACAGCAUGUUUGCACAUGGCUGGUCAACUUGACACACAUUUAGAGUAUCCAGAAUUCAAUGUCAAUUAAAAGAUUUGUAAUUAACCUUUUGCCCUUAUUCCAGUAUUUUUUCUCUUAAGGAUAAUCACCUGGAUAAAUUUAUGGAAUUUAAUUUUAUAAAUCAUUUGCCCAUCACCAAGUGUCAAGUCCCCUAAAAGGACUUCACAGUGCUCAUAUACGGGCAUUUUAUGAGCCCAUGGUUGGUUCUAAGUGUGGGGUAAAGAGAAAUAUUGGCAUGUCACAUGCUAAGUGAAACAUUUUUCCAUUGACUUUAAAACAUUCUAUUUAUUUCUACUUCAAAUACAUAAAAAUAAAAUCUUAAAUCGAUGAACGAUUUGCUUUGUACUGGGUCUGAAACAGUGUCACUGCAAUCAUUUAAAAGAUCUUACGAUCUCACCUUAUUGUCCAAAAUCAGCAUCAAUGAUCUUAAAAAAAAAACAAAAACAAAAACCAAAUCCAAACUUGGGAUAUUCAACCUGCCUAAAAAGAAUUUAAAUACAAUCCCCAGAGAAAUGUCAUUAUGAAUUAUGGGAGUUCUUUUUGCUAAUUCCCUAGAUUCAUGACUGAUGCUUUUUUCCCCUUGUCGUUACUUUUCUUUUCCAAAUAAGUUUUAUUGAUAUAUAUUUUUUAGUAUUUCCCCCUCCUUCCCUCAUCCCCCCUCCCCACUGUACCCUCCCUUGUAAAAAGCUUUUUAGCAUUCCAUUCUAUUGGAUUUCAAUUCUCAAAGUCACUCUACUGGAAAGAUGACUGCAAUUCCCCGUGGUGAUAGUGUCAUGAGGUUCUGCAGAGAACUGAACAAAAUCUGAAUUGAAAUUUGUAUUU